AUGGCCGCCGCUACCGGACUUCUCAAGUCCAAGGGCGCCGCAGGUUCUUCGGGAUACCAGCCAGUUCAUCAAGAUGAGGGCGAUGGUCACGAUGGCGAUCGGGCACCUCCUGUCCAACCAAUUGUCCCUCGGGGCCCAAUGCGAACCUACCGAAACAUGGUGGUGCUUCUCUCAGGCCUCGUCGUUCUUCUCAUGGCCACAAACCUUUAUCUCAGUCUUCCUUUAGCUUUCGGCUCCGGCUCCGGCUCAUGUCCGGGCGACCCACCCCGAGUGCCCCAGUAUUUCCAGACCUCUCCGGAACUAUGGGCCGGCGUAACUGAAACUGGCAAGCCGGCUUUCAUGGCCCAGACUCAUGUCUUUGAGCCUACGGCUACUUUUGUUCCCAAUGACCCGCUGCAGACUUCCAUCCCCAUCGAGGGCAUGAAGGAGGGUAACCGAAGCAUCUUCCAGAUGAUGGGUUACCUGAGUCCCUACUGUCCCUCUACUGGUUUCGGCGUUGACGAGUAUCCUAUUCCUCAAGGUGCCGAGAUUGUUCAAGUUCAGAUGCUGUCACGACAUGGUGCUCGUUACCCGACUCCUGGCGCAAACGUUGCAACUCUUGGUGAGCGUCUCGCCAAUGCUUCGUCCAGCUUUAAGGGUAGCGAUGCUCUGGAAUUUCUUAAUGACUGGAAGUAUGAACUCGGCAAGGCCAUCCUAGUGCCAAGAGGUCGGCAGGAGCUAUUCGAGUCUGGUGUCUUGCACAGCUACAUGUAUGGUAGCCUGUACAACCCCCAGAGCAAGCUCAUUGUCAGAACUACCACACAAGACCGUAUGCUGAAGUCUGCUGAAAACUGGAUGGCUGGAUUCUUCGGUCUUGAGUGGACCAACAAUGCCACCAUCGAAGUGAUCAUCGAAGCCCCUGGCUUCAAUAACUCACUCGCCGGAAAUCUCAACUGUCCCAACGCGGAGAAGGCGGACUAUGUGACCCCUGUAGCGACUUGGUAUAAGAAGUACUUGAAAGAUGCAACUGAUCGAUUCAACAACAUGACCGAGGGUUUCACAUGGACUGCAGAAGAUGUCUGGGCCGCCCAGAACAUGUGCCCUUAUGAGACCGUCGCCUAUGGCUUCAGCAGAUUCUGUGACCUCUUUACUUACGAGGAGUGGGAGAACUUUGGCUACUCAAUCGAUCUUGGUUUUUCUUCUGGUGCCGGUUUCCAGAGCCCCAUUGGCAGAGCAACCGGUCUUGGUUACCAGCAAGAGGUUAUUGCGCGCCUUAAGAACCAUACCCUCGGCUACUCUGGUUCCCAGAUCAACACCACUCUCGAUGGCAUGACAGAGACCUUUCCUCUAAACCAGAGCCUCUACUUUGACUUCUCCCACGACACCAACAUCAUCUCUAUCCUCACAGCUUUUGGUCUAACCCAGUUCGCUGAGGAUCUUCCUACCGACAAACACCCCGGUGACCACGAAUUCGUCGUUUCCAAGCUCACUCCCUUCGGUGCGCGCCUGGAUAUCGAGAUCAUCAAAGCUCCCCAGCCCGUCUCGCCAAACAGAGAUGGCUACCUCGACGGUAAGGAGACUAAGUAUAUCCACUUUGUGCUCAACCAGCGAACCGUACCUUUGGGUAAGAGUUUCUCGGAAUGCGACGUUAACCGUAAGGAUGGCUGGUGUGAGCUUGAAACGUUCCUCAAGGUGCAGGAAAAGAUGGCCGAAAAGGCGCAGUUCGACUAUGCCUGCUUUGGGGAUUAUCCCUCACUGCCCUACGGCAAAGUUACGGAUGGAGCACCGCCAUCUUGA